GACAAAAUCGCUCGGGAUGUUUGAUCCCUGCUGGGAUUUGUGACACACACACUUCUGUGACCUGGCAGCGACAAUUAUAAGGGAUGCAUCAUGCCUGGGUCUCGAUUGUGCAAUAAACCAGCCGACUGUUUGAUAUAUAACAGGAAAAAACCGUGACCUGUUCGUGGGAUCUGCCAGGAUGAAGCUGCAGAAUUCUGUGUGUUUCUAGGAAUGAGACACCCUCUUCUUAUAUAAAUCUCUUUUCACCAUCUGCUGGGACCUGUUGUGGCUGAAGUCCCUGCACCUGAACCUUUUUCCGACAGCAUCUAUGCAGCAUUACAGAGCAGGGGGACACACGGUGGAGGGUCCCAGUGCAAUGGAGAACUCCUGAUCAUACAACCCCCUAUCCUGGAUGCUGAUUCAACAAUGGCUAGAAAAACCUGGAAUUCUUUUACAGAAGAUUGUAUCUAUUUUUCUAGCUUGUUUUACCAUUAAGGAGAGGGUCACUUGGUGACUUGCAUUGACUUAUUUAUACUCCGAUAUAAAGUGAUUGGUAUUUUUUUUUCUUUUUACUUUAUUGUCAGAGGUCCUUGAAAUUAUAGGACCUCCCUUAAGACACUGACAAUAUUCCGGGGGGCUUUAGAGGAGCCAUGGCUGCGGCGAUAGCCAGCUCCCUGAUCCGGCAGAAGAGGCAAGCCAGGGAGAACAACAGUGACCGAGUCUGCACGUCCAAACGGCGCACCAGUCCGAGUAAGGACGGACGGUCACUGUGCGAAAGGCAUGUCCUGGGGGUCUUCAGUAAGGUCAGAUUCUGCAGCGGAAGAAAAAGGCCGGUGAGGAGAAAGCCAGAACCCCAGCUGAAAGGAAUUGUGACAAGGUUAUUCAGCCAGCAGGGAUACUUCCUGCAGAUGCACCCAGAUGGCACCAUUGAUGGGACCAAGGACGAAAACAGUGACUACACCCUUUUCAAUCUAAUCCCUGUGGGUCUACGUGUGGUUGCAAUACAAGGUGUUAAAGCAGGACUCUACGCGGCAAUGAAUGCUGAAGGUUUUCUCUACAGCUCAGAUAUUUUUACCCCGGAAUGCAAAUUUAAGGAGUCUGUAUUUGAGAAUUACUACGUCAUUUAUUCUUCGACGAUCUAUCGUCAGGUAGUAUCUGGACGCCAGUGGUUCCUGGGACUUAGCAAAGAAGGUCAAAUCAUGAAGGGAAAUCGAGUGAAAAAGACCAAAGCAUCUUCACAUUUUGUACCAAAACCUAUAGAAGUGUGCAUGUAUAGAGAACCAUCACUGCAUGAAAUUGGAGAGAAGCAAGGACGUUCAAGGAAAAGUUCAGGGACACCAACCAUGAAUGGUGGGAAAGUUGUUAAUCAAGAGUCAACAUAGCCAAGACACAGCCGUGUCCCGACAGCGAGGCCUCAUUAAAGUCAGAAGUUAAACAUAUGAACUGACAAGGUUCUGUUGACUACAGUUUUUGAACUAAAGCAUUUUUCUCUUUGGAUAGGACAACAAAAUGGAAAUUAAAUUGCCUGUGCAAUACUUUGCACCAACCAGAACAAAAUAUGAAGAAAACCCUUUGAAUCUGGAUUCCAUUCACAUUUUAUGCAAAGUUUGCUGUGUGAUCAAAUAAGUUCCCAUCUCUGCAUACAAAAAAAAAAAUAAGAAAAGAAAAACAAAAAUAUGAAAAAACAAUAAAGAUAUUACCUUUAAAGAAA